AUGUCUUUCUUUGGCUUCGAUACCACCCUGCCCAGGGAUCGCGGCCGCGGCCCUGGAGCUCCCAAGGGUUUCUUCGAGAACUCGGAUCCCUUCGCGCAAGUCGCUUUGGCUGAUAAGUUCGUGGAUGGUGACGCCGUUGACUUCGAGGAUACCUACGACGGCCUUGGCGACCAGCUCGAUGACGAUCAGGACGAGUUCAACGAUGACACCUUCGGCGGCGGUGGAGAGACCGCACCCGUCGGCAGAGACUUCGAUUUCUUUGGAAGGACUGCUGGUGUGGCUGAUGUCAUUGGAGAGGAGCAGGUUCGCUACAGCUUGCAAAACCCCCAGGCCGCACCGGCACCUGCCCAGAGAGCUGCUCCGGCCACAGCAGUCCCCGCGGAGUCGACUUCUAGGCGCACGGGCUACGAGAAGUAUUCUGAACCUGGAUAUAUCCCCGACCUGCAAGCCAAAUCGAGCGUCUGGACUCAGAAGGCUGAACCGACCCCCGCUCCAGCCCCGGCCCCGGCACCGAGUCGGAAGAUAAUGAGCUUGGAGGAAGUCGAGGCCAUCGAGGCACAGAUGCGCCACCGCGGCCAGCCUAUUGGAGGAUUGCCCCCACAGCAGAUCCCCCAGUCCAUGGCCGACCUGUAUCAACGCCAUCCUCAACAUUUCCCGACGCUUCCUGAUGGCUUCCCCCAACUGCCCCCGGAGUUGCAGGCGCAGCUUGAGAAAGGCGGCAUGCCACAUCCACCCCCGGGGAUGCCGGAGCUAUAUGGCGGGCCUGGUCCUGCUAUGCCCCCUGGUGCCCCAUUCUUGCAGAAUAAUCUUCCUCCGCAGAACAUGCCACCCCAGGGCCCUCGUCAUGCCGGCCCGCCUCAGGGGCAACGACCGCAGAAUAUGCAACAGCAGCCGCCACCGCCACCGAGCAGCCGCGCUCCGAACAAUGGCCUGCCGGUAAUCACCAACCCGCAACAGCUCAUGCACCUGACCGAGGAGCAACGCAAUACUUACCUGGUUGAGGACGCGAAGCGGGCCAAGCGCAACCACAAAAUCUUCCUCCUCUCACGGGGCAAUGGCUUGAUGACGCCCCAGGACAAGAACUUUAUCACACGCAUUCAGCUGCAGCAAUUGGUGGCCGCGGCCGGUAACGUGGCAGACUCCGAUCCGGAGGCUGUGUUGGCGGAGGACUUCUACUAUCAGGUCUACAGCCAGAUUCGGGGAGCGCCCCGCCAGCACCCCCACCAGCCCCUCGGCCACUUCGCCCAGACGUACUUGCUCCAGACCGGAAAUCGUCUCGGUGGGAAUCGACACCGGCACCCCCUCCAGGGCGCGGACAACCACAUGCAGCGGAUGCAGCAGCAGGUUCAGCGUGCUGUCGAGGCCGCCAAGGCCAAACCCAAGAACAAGCAACUCAUUAUUGAGGGUAGCCUGGGCAAGAUCUCGUUCAGCAACGCCAAGGCGCCGAAGCCUAUGCUCAACAUCAAGCGACCCGACAGCUCGGAAGGGCCUCGUCCGAAGAAGGUGCAAUCGGACCUGAGCCUGAGCGACCGCAAAUCCAUUCUCACAAACAUCGAGCGUGUAUACAGUGCCCUGAUGUCCAUGGAGGACAUGGAGCGCACGAUGCCGCCACCACCGGAGGAGGGCGACGCGGACGCGAUCCAGGAACAUAUGGAAUGGCGACAGAAGCUCCAGUCGCUUAAUCAGAAGCUCUGGAAAGCGCUCAAGGUUAUGGAGCCGAUCGUUCCCAACUCGACCACACCACACCCCUUCAUCGCCUUCCUGUCCCACCCCAAGGGCAAGAAAGCCAUCCCGCGCAUCUUCCGCCACAUCGACCAGGAACAGCGUGUGACUAUCCUUACCAUGAUCGUCGUGCACCUGGACAGCUUGGACGUGGUGCGUCUCGCACAGUCCAUCCCCGGUGAAGCCCAGCCCUCCUUGGCCGUUCGGGAAGCUAUUGACCUGUUCUCGCUGGCCGUCAUGCCCAGCUUGUUGCAGUAUGUGAAUGAGGCACCCUUCAACAUUAUCAUCGGUCUCCUGGGCCUGGUCAUUGCGCAGACCCACGUGCAGAGUGUCGCCCGUACCAAGGUCGGACUGGGCAUUCUGACCAUGCUCCUGAGUCGUGCCGAGCUUGUCAAGGAGGCUGGCCAGGCCCCCGAGCGUGACUGGCAGCAGUGGGUUGAGAAGUUCAACGUGCUCUUCGACACUCUGGAGCCCGUCUUGGCCGACAUCUUCCCCGGCUCGAUCAACUCGGGUGAUGACAUGUACGUGUGGCAGUUCCUUGCCGCCGUAGGUAUUGGCGCUAGCCCCGAACAGCAGCAGCGUCUGGUGAUUGCUGUCAAGGACCGCGUGAUGGAAACCGUCGGCUAUAGCAAGAGCCUCCCUGCAGACAUGUCCAGCCAGCGACUGGGCAACGUCAACCUGUUCAUGCGGGCCAUCGGAUUGGACGUGGAGCUGCUUGGUUAA